AUGGGUAGAUUGGCGCAUUCCGAGGUAGUGAGAAAUGGGCUGUGCGCAGAUUUUCAUGUGGUACACUCACUGAUCACCAUGUAUUCACGGUGUGCUCAGGUAGGUUUUGCACGCAAACUGUUCGAUGAAAUGGAUGACAGGGAUUUGGUGUCGUGGAACUCGAUGAUAUCAGGCUAUUCUAGGAUGGGGUUUGCUAAAGAGGCAGUGGAAUUGUUUGAGGAGAUGAGGGAGAAAGGUUUGGAGCCCGGUGAAAUGUCGCUGGUGAGCGUGCUUGGGGCAUGUGGGGACUUGGGGGAUUUGAAAUUGGGAAGGUGGAUUGAAAAGUAUGUCAUGGAGAAGGGGAUGGAAUUGAACACUUUUAUUGGAUCUGCUUUGAUUAAUAUGUAUGGAAAGUGUGGGGACUUCUUUGCAGCUCGGAGGGUGUUUGAUGGCGUGAGAAAGAAAGAUGUAAUCACCUGGAAUGCCAUGAUUACUGGAUAUGCACAAAAUGGAUUAUCAGAUGAAGCAAUUUCAUUAUUCAAUGCCAUGGAGGAGGGAGGGACUAGCCCUAAUGAAGUCACGUUGAUUGAAGUUCUCUCCGCAUGUGCAUCAAUUGGUGCUCUGGAUUUUGGAAAAUGGAUUGAUGAAUACGCAUCAAAAAGAGAUGGCCAACUCCGUGAAUUUCAUGCCGGUGACUUAGUAUUUGAAGAUGCAAAAGAUAUUUAUCAAGUUCUUGACAUCCUCUAUGACGACAUGACAAUGGAAGUUUACGUUGUAGACAUUGAUCUCCUAUAG